UUUUUUUUUGUCAAACCCACUCUUCUUCAAUACAUAGCACCCUUCACAUUACAAAACAAAGCUAUAAAUGUCCCCAUAUACACCUACUCGAUUUAGGUUGCGCGUCUCUGCUGGACCAAGCGCAGAUCCAAAGGACCUUAAGCUCAUUACGGUCAACGACGACGCAAAUCCUUUGCUGAUUGAAUCGGACGAGUUUAUCGGCCAGAUUGUCGUGCGCAUCCGUGGCCUUGAUAAAACUUAUGGUUAUGCAGAUGGACAAGCCGAAGAUGGCCUCAAGACGAUGUCUGAUAGUCCUUGGUUCACUAAGCCAGGUGGGGACAACAACUUGAGUUCCAUCCAGAUCUCUGGUAGAUUCAAGCGUGAAUGGCCUGGCGAUCAAAUCGUCUUUGGAAACCAAUUUGAAAGGCCCUUGAAACUUCCACCUUUCUCAUCUAUUGCCCUCAAGUUCGUUCAGUUCAUCGAUCCAGGACUCAAAGCCGACAUCUAUUGCGAGCGACCCUGGGCGUUCAGCCCAUUGAUCGCUACGAUGAAUACAAUCAAUGUUGCGGGCUGGCACAUUGAUCCCGCCGCCCAGCAGAGGGUUGAGCAAAGUGGAGGAGACAAGGCCAAAGAGCGUCUUGAAAAUGAACUCCCUCCAUGGCCUUCGCCAGAAGGCGAGCAUAUUGUAGAGGAUACCAACAUCCUUUUCCAAAAGGACAAUCUUAAGAAGCAAGAGGAAGAACAACAAAAGAGAAAGGAGCAAGAGGAGCAGCAAAGGCAGGAAGAUGCUAAUAGCGGCGAAGAUAAAGAGGAACUAGUUGAAACAAGAUCUGGAAGCAAACUGACAGAGUCAACUCCUCAUAAUAUGACCAGUUCUGCCAGGAGAUCGUAUUUUGCACGCGAGGUUAAUCUGACCAAACACAGAUAUCGCCCCGACCAUGUAUAUGGAUUUGAUUUCUUCAAUCCUUACUUGGACUUUGCUCAUUUUACUCUUAAAGUUCCGGGAUUUAGUGUCGAUAUCACCAAGUACUGGGAUGGACAGCCAUUGACAUAUAUCCUCAAGACUGCGGACUCAUCUGUGGUGUUUAUGGCGUUCCAGUUCGAAAUGGUUCCAGUCAAGGAUAUCACUGUUGAAUAAGGGUUGCCCAUCUUAUUCAUAAUUCAUAUAAUAUAGUAAACAUUAUAAGGAUCAAAAAGAUGACGAUGAUACAUAUUUAUGUCUCUGUCUUUCACAUGUAUUCUAGCCUACACAAUAAAAUCCAGGUUAUCAACCACAUCUU